AUGUCAACGACUCCGAGCGCCAAACCCCGAUCGUCCAGCCCAACGGUGUUCGAGCAGCAGCGGGCGGAAUUGGUGAGGGAGAUAGCAGGGGGCAUGGAGCAAGUCCUCCAAAACAUCAAUCGCCUCAAUCGGAACCUAGAAAGCAUUAUCUCUGUGGGGAAUGAGUUCGGUUCUGUCGAGGCUUUGUGGUCGCAAUUUGAAAACUUCAUGGGGCGUCCCGCAGAGGAGAACGAGGCGCAGGACAGGCAAAAGGAUGGCCAGCAUGAUGAAGGCCAAAGUGAGCUUCCAGAGCAGGAGAUACGGGAUUGA